AGCAGCACGCAGCUGUAAGUGAAAGCAGCACGCAGCUGUAAGUGAAAGCAGCACGCAGUGGUACGUGAAGGCAGCACAACAUAAACCCAUGACGGAGGGCACAACGUGUACGCAGGUGUAAACUUCGGGAUGGAAACGUUGAGCUGUUUGGUGUAAAAUAUUCACACCGCCCGGGUAGUCGGUGGAAAACCGGCUUGGCCGUUCGGGCGCUGAGGCUCCGCCAUGGGGAUCCGGUUUUCCCGUAGCGGCAGCAGCCUGUCGCUCCUCCCGGGGAGGCAGCGCUCCGAGCCGAGAGAUUCGGACGACGACUCUUUGGACGGCCUGGUCCGACGGGAGGACAUCGCUCAGUUCCCCUACGUGGAGUUCACCGGCAGGGACAGCAUAACGUGUCCAACGUGCCAAGGCACCGGGCGGAUACCCUCGGGUCAAGUAAAUGAGCUGGUCGCAUUGAUCCCGUACAGCGACCAGAGGCUGCGGCCCCAAAGGACGAAGCUGUACGUGGUCCUGUCGGUGGUGUUGUGCCUCCUUGCUUCCUCGCUCGUGGCCUUCUUCCUGUUCCCUCGAUCCGUGGUGGUGGUGGAUGAUGGGAUACACUCUGUGACGGUGCGCCUCAACCCCGCCACCAUGAAUGUCCUCAUGAACAUGACGAGCACCCUGAACCUCAGCAAUCCAAACUUCUUCUCGGUGCUGGUGCAGAGUGUGAGCUGUCAGGUCCUCUACAUGAAGACGGUGAUCGGCACCCAGCAGCUGGACAGCGUCACCACCAUCCUGCCGCUGGGUCACAGUCAGGUCAACUACACUGUCAGCGUGGAGAUUGGGAGCAGCGCGCCCUACGUCUAUGCCUUCUGCGCCAUGCCCAUUAAGGUCCACAACAUCGUCGUAUACAUGCAGACCACGGUGAAAACGUCCUACAUGGUGCGAACGUCCCAGAACAGCCUGGAGGCCUACCGCUACAUCGACUGUGGCUCCAACUCCACGCGCCACCGGAUCGCCGGCCCCAACCGGCAGCUCCUACUGUCAGAAGGGCCCUCGCCUCUUCUGCUCCCCGGAGGUCAGGGACACCACGGAGCACCAAGCGCUGCUUUGCUGUGAGCUCACUCCAUUGCAGGGAAGAUAAACGCCAACUUAUGAUGUCGUAAAGGCUUUUAAUUUUGGUGUUUCUUUUAAAUCUGCACAUUGGUUACCAUCCGACAAGGCAGCACAUAUUAGGGGCUUAUUUCAGUUGCAUUAUGGGGGCUGAUGUCCACAACAAGCUUAACAAAGGUUGGUUCAGCGACACUGCAGAGGGCCCUUUUGUUUAAGACGACCUUCACAUUCCUGCUCUCAGCUCUAACUGCAUUUGCCUGAGCGACGUUUCUCCAAACCCCCUCCGCUCUUCAACGGCUGCUGACGUGUUGUUUUUGCAGUAAUAUUUAACAACAUUUAUCAUAUCGCAGUCAUCCCAUCGAGUCUAAGCACGCUGGUUUUAGAUCCCAUGUGUCAAAAGGUGAUUUGACGUGUGUGUGUUGCGUGUGUAUAUAUAUAUAUUUCUAUUUCUAUAAAGGGAUAGUUUGUAAAUUUGGGAACAUGUAUUUUUAACCAGGGGUUUUAAAAGCAUAGUUUAUAUUGUUAUGCAAUUAAAGGGACAUGUGAAUAAAUAAAACUAAUUAACUUCAUUGCCUGUUUCUUCCAAUUACUGCUGUAAUUUAGCAUUGCAUCAAUUGAUUGCUGGAGAAAGCAAAUAUCUCAUUGUGAGUACAAAUCACUCUCUGCAGCCCUUACCCAUGUCGGCCCAAAAUAAGCACCGACCCAAAAGCACUUCCGGU